AUGGACUACGGCCAAUAUCAACAACAAGGACAGAACACAAACUCCGGCUACGCGAACUCUGGUGCUGCUAACAACAUCACUUCACCUACAAACAACAUUCCACAGCAUACUGUGCAAUCGUCGCCUAUUCUCUCUACUCAGCAACAGCAAGGCCAAACCCCAGGUCACAACAUGUAUCAGCCACCAUAUGGAGUUGCCCAGCAGGGCAUGCAGCAAGUCCACUAUGCCAUGCCUGGUAUCCAGGCAGCCGCAAUGGCUGCCACUGCGGCUGCGUCUGGUCAGAACUAUGGUUAUAUGUCUUCAGACCCGAACAUGCCUCAGAGCUCACCUCGCAUGGGCGCUAAUGCCAAGAAGGAUGGACGUCAAUCCCCUCGCAUGAACAGUAUGUCUCGUCGAAUGAGUCAGGUUACGAGCCCCGGCGUUCCUACCGCGCCGAUGAUGAGCCACGCCGGCGCGCGACCCGGUGUUGCCCCACCCCAAAUGCCGGCUGCGCAGAUGCAACAUACACAAUCUCCCGAAAUGACGGCUGCCAGCGGCGCCGAGGAAUCCCCACUUUAUGUCAAUGCUAAGCAAUUUCACCGCAUCCUAAAGAGACGCGUUGCACGCCAAAAGCUGGAGGAACAACUUCGAUUGACAUCCAAGGGACGAAAACCAUACCUUCACGAGUCACGACACAAUCAUGCUAUGCGCAGACCUCGCGGCCCUGGUGGACGCUUUCUCACUGCGGAGGAGGUCGCAGCUAUGGAGCGUGAUGGUGAUAAAAGUCUUGAUGGAAAAGAUAAUGUUGUAGGAGACAACUCGGGAACUGGAACAAAGCGCAAGUCUGAAGCCGGGUCGGCAACAUCCAAUAAGAAAGCUAAGACGGAUACAGCGAGCCCAGGGGAUGAGGAAGACGAGGAUGAGGGUUGA